AUGGACGCCUCCUCCCUCCGCAUCUCCAAGUUCGAUGGAACUAACUUCCACGCCUGGAAGUUCAAGAUGCAGAUGGUGCUGGAGGAACGGGACCUAUGGGAGGUCGUCAGCGGUGAGAUCAAGGCGGAACAGUGCGAGACUCAGUUGGACCAAGCGACGUACAAGAGGAAGUCAAGAAAGGCGAUGGCAGUGAUCUGUCUAGCCAUGGAAGAUUCCCAGCUACCGUUGGUCCGGUCGGCAAGUGGUGCAUGCGACGCAUGGUCAAGGUUGGAAGACCACUUCGAGAAGAAGAGUCUUGCCAACAAGCUGUUCUUGCGCCGUCGCUUCUUCACGACAAUGAUGGAAGAAGGCGACGAUGUGCUCGAACACAUCAACAAGCUCAAGACGCUGGCGGAACAGCUAGAAGCGGUGGGGGCUCCAGUCUGCGAGGACGAUCUGGUGAUCACACUCCUCGGCAGCCUGAGUGACUCGUAUCAAUUCUUGAUCACAGCUUUGGAGUCGCGCUCAGACACUCUUAGCUGGGAGCUCGUGACGUCUCGACUGCUUCAUGAAGAAAUGAAGCGGAAGGAGCAAGGAAGUAAAGGUGAUGAAGCUUCGCAAGGUCAAGCGUUCAUCACAAGGGACAAUCAGCGCAAAGGGCGACCAGUGAAGAAGUCCUGGCCGUGCCACAAUUGCAGAAAGAUUGGUCACUGGAUGGCGGAGUGCCCCUCGCGCAUCCAAGAAAACACGGAGAGACACCGGCCACAGCGUGCUCAAGACAGCGGCGACCGCUAUCGAUCACAACGUGCAAACGUCGCUCAAGAAGAAGACUCGGGCGACUACCUCUUUUCGAUCGGUGAAACGACAUCUGCGAAAUCGAGCGACAUCUGGCUGGUCGACUCCGGGGCGACGCAGCACAUGACGUGCUCCAAGAAGUUCAUGCGGAACUACAAGGGGUUUGACGCUGUGGAUGUCCAUCUCGCGGAUGAUGGAAUCGUCCAAGCAAUCGGCAGUGGGGACAUUGUCAUGUCGAUGAAGACACCCCAAGGGAUGAAGAAAGGUGUGCUCACAAACGUGUGGCACAUCCCAAAGUUAUCCAGAAACCUGUUCUCGGUCGGCCGCUUCACCAAGGAUGUCGGCCCAGUGACGUUCACGAAGGAUGGGUGCUAUGGAGAAGCGAAAGGGACCAAGUGGAAAAUUGGUGCCCGUGAAGGUAAAGGACUGUUCAAGCUGCAAAUGACUCCAGUGGCGCCGGAACAAGCAAAUGCAGCCAAGUCGUCGGGAUGUCAAGGGGGCACCAAGUCGUACCUCUGGCACCUUCGGCUUGGCCACAUAGGUCACGAUGGACUCAAUUGCAUCGUGACGAAGAACAUUGGAAUUGGCAUCGACAUAUCUUCGGUGAAGAAGUGGGACGUGUGUGAAGGUUGUGCUCUGGGAAAACAGACUCGAGUGCGCUUCCAAUCAAACACUACAGCUCGCACCUCCAAACUCCUCGAAGUGAUUCACAGCGACGUAUGCGGACCGAUGUCGAUGGCAACUUUCAGUGGAAAACGGUACUUCGUGACAUUCAUUGAUGACAAGUCAAGAUACUGUGUCGUCUAUCUGCUCAAGAGCAAAUCUGAAGUUGCGGCGAAGUUCAUGGAAUACGCUGCGAUGGCCGAAACGCAAACCGGAAAGCGCGUGAAGUACCUUCAAAGCGACAAUGGGGGUGAAUACAAGUCCGACAAGCUGGCACGAUUCUGCGCGGAACGGGGAAUACAACAAAGGUUCACACCCCCAUAUACUCCUCAGCUAAACGGAGUAGCUGAGAGAAUGAAUCGCACGCUGGUCGAGUGUGCGCGUUGCAUGAUGGAACACGCUGGACUGGGAAAGAGCUACUGGGGUGAAGCAGUGAUGACGGCGAUGUUUCUUCGAAACCGCUGUCCAACACGUGCCAUUCACCAAGACAAGUCUCCAUAUCAAGUGUGGACGAUGAAGAAACCGAUUCUGGCCAACCUUAAAGUGUUUGGAUGCCACGCGUAUGUUCAAGUGCCUCAAGACAAACGCGCGAAGUUCGACUCCAAGUCAUCACUCUGUCGUUUCCUGGGAUACGCCGAACACCAGAAGUCAUAUCGAUUUGAGGAAGUGUCAACAGGAGCGAUCAAGAUCAGUCGCGAUGCCACAUUCAUGGAAGACAAGUUUGAUGAAGGUCCGCGCAACUACAACGAUGAGUCAAGUGUCGUUGAGUUUGAUGAUCAUGAUGAGGACGAAGAAAAAGAAGAAGGUAAAACUGACGACGACAUGGACUCGAGCGACGAUGACAACGAAGACACCAGGUCUUCGAAGAGCAACAUCAAGAGACACACGCGCACUCAAUCACUUGAGAAAGCUACCGUCAUUCCAAGUCCCAAGCGAAGAACAUACAGAGGUCCGUCGCUUGAGCAUGUGUCAGCGGCUGCAAUGGAUUUUGAAGCAGCCUACAUCGUUGAUUCAGUGGGGAAACGCCGACUACAUUCAAGUCGGCGAUGGAAUCAAGCGACUCCGGCAAGUGGAAAGAAGCGUGUGACUCGGAGUUCGAUUCGCUUCAGAGAAACGACACGUGGGAAAUCGUGCCUCUUCCGAAAGGUCGCAAGGCCAUCGGGUGCCGAUGGGUUUUUCGUGUAA